CAACCGAUACUUUAAUUACAUUCAAAUUAGGUACGUUCUGCUCAGAGGUAUGAAUCAUAAUGCGAUUGGAUUUCAUCGAUCAGUAAUUUCUUUGGCUUUAAAAGUGAAAUGACAGUCAAUCAAUAGUAGACAUACCUGAAUUUAUGUCGUAGGUACCUACAACGUUAUACAAUAGGUAUAUACAUAUUGUAGAAAAUUAUUAUAUGGAUUCAUUCAGAUAAAGUUAUGUAUACAACUGUGCACAAUUAGGCUUUAAAACAUCUAAUUAUGAAACUCUCAUUUCGGCUCGUUCCAUAGAACAACACAUAAAUAACAACUAUUAGUUUAUUGUAGAUAUUAGGUAACCUUUCCUUUUGCUUGCUGAGAAAUGUCAAAUCAAGGAGGAAGCGCAUCUAACCCUUUAUUUGCGGUUGUAGACACAGUUUUCCCUUGGGCUUGCCUGACAUGCAAUCGUAAAUAAUUUAACUAAUGUGGUUUUGUAUAAAACGAGUACAAAACCAAAGUUCAAAGCACCAAACAAUUAAAUGACAACUAGGUACUCCCCAAUAACAAGCUAUUAAAUAUGCAUCUAAUGAUCGUAAUAAUUUAUAUAAAGACCCAGAUAUGGUCAGGUUUAUUGAUAGUUUAGUGAGGAUGCAUGCGCUGGUAGGAGUGUGCGCGGUGCUCUUGGUGGGCGCGGCCCUGGCGCGGCCGGGCGAGCAGCCCGCUCCCGCCGCCGGCGCCGCCACCGCCGACUCCAGCCCGCCGCCGCCGGAACUGACUAAAAACCCUAUCCCCAAACCGAAGAACGACACGGCAGCGGCGGCGCACCGGCGCGUGCCGUCCGCCGUGCUGUUCGGCGGCACCUGCGGCGGCUCCGUCAUCAGCGAGCGCUGGGUGCUCACCGCGGCGCACUGCACAAUCUUCUCGUCGGCGGACUUGGUGGUGGCAGGCACGGGCCACAGCCACGACGACAGCGGCGUGCGCCGCUCCGUGAAGCGGCUCGUCGUGCACCCGCGCUUCACCGUCGGCCCCUACUGGCUGCGGCCUGAGGACUUCAACAUCACCCAGGUGGGCGCGCACUGGGACUUUCUGCUGGCGGAGCUGGACGAGCCGCUGCCGCUGGACGGAGCGAACAUCUCCGCCGUGGCGCUGGACGACGAGGGCUACCUCCACCACGGCACGCUCGUGGCGUACGCGGGCUACGGCGCGGCGCACCAUGGCGAAACGAUGCGCGAAGAGAUGCACCUCAUGGAGCUGGAGACGGUGGACAACGCCGCCUGCGCCAGCAUGGAGCAGUUCAGCUCUGAAGAUAUGUUUUGCGCCAAGGGCCGGCCGCCCAGGUUCGACUCUGCAUGCAACGGUGACAGCGGCAGCGGCUUGGUGACGCAGGGCGAAGGUCCUCGGAGACUAGUGGGUGUGGCGUCGUGGGUGGAGGACGACGCGCGCGAGUGCGCCCCCGGCAAGCUCGUGGUGUUCUCGCGCGUGUCUGCCGUGCGAGACUGGAUCAACCAGGUCACCGGCAUAUAGACUGACCUACAUAAACACUACCAACUCAUAUGAAUUGAAACAUCUAUAUUAUGAAUAUCAUGAUGAAAGCAAUAUCGCGUAACUGCGCAUAAGUUUAGUAUUACAUUCGAUGCGAAGUUUUGAACGUGGUCGUAUUUAAUACCCACGAGAGUAUGCUAUAUAAAUGUCACCUAUAAUGUGUGAAACCGUCAAGGAUGCAAGUGACAAGAAUGCAACAAUAUUACAACAUAAUUAAUUUUAAUUGUAUAUUCUGUGAUGGUGAUAUAUAUUUCUAGCUAAUACAAAAAACUUAGCCUAAGCCUAACAAUCACUUUUUAAAUCUGCUUAAAUCUUAAAUGUACGUAGCUAUUCUACCUAAACCUAUUACCUAUUAUUUAAGUACCUAGUACCUAAAUGAGUCAUUUCAACCAUUGAAUAAAAUAAAACCUUUUAAAUAAAAAGACUGACGAGUAGGUAACUAAAUAAAUGUGAACGAAGAAUAGAAAAACACUAUUGUUUGUGCUUCAUUGGUUCCAAUAAAAUUUUAUACCUAUUAGCAGAACAACACGUUCCAAGAGCUAAGCAUAUUGUAACUGCAUAAAAUUAGCAUUUUGUACUUGGAAAGAAAUACGUUACCAGCAUCCUUAACAGAUGUCAUGCAUGCAUCUUAUCUGCUGCCGUUUCCUAAUUUCCUAUAAAAAGACUAGCCAUUUUUCCAAAAGAAAAUUUUUUUUUUUUUUAAAUGGGCUUACUCUUGACCACAGACUAGCCAAAGGCAAAGACGUGGCCUACGAUGGAGUGAGCUCGCCCAGAAGAUGCCUGUUCA